AUGGAAAGACAACUUACAAAUUUUCAGCCUUUUGAUAUGUUUCCAUUCUCCGACCGCGGCCCGGGAAAUUGGUUCAGACAAAUGAAUGAACAAAUGCGAAGAGCCCACAAUCAGAUGAUGGAAUUUAUGCGAGACUCUGGUAUGAAUAGGGGUUUUGACGACUUCUGGCAUUUUCCAAGCAUUUCGGACUGUUUUACCAAGGACGAGAAUGGACGGACCAUCUUUCGAACCAAGUUUAACCUCCAGGAUUUUGAUCCGGAAGACAUAGAAGUCAGAGUUGAGAAUCAGACGCUUUCUGUCCACGCCAAACAUGUUAGGAGAACUUCUAAUUCGUCCAGGGGACAGUACUUCUGUAGAGCUAUGCUUUUGCCAGAUGGAGUCUGUACAGAAGAAUUGAAAUCACGACUUGAUAAGAAUGGAGUUUUAACGGUUGAAGCUCCAGCGCCAAAUGUAAACCUUGAACAAUUGGGACCCAGUCGCUUUCAGCGUAUCCCAAUAGAAGAUGCCGGACGCAGACAUCGAGUUGGCAAAGUAAGAUCUAAAUUCCGUAAAGAUGCAAUCAAAGAUACCGUUCGAGAAAACCCAGACGGAAGUCGUGAUCUGAAUAUUUCCUUGCCGGUUGAAGAUAUCUACGACCAAAAUGACAUUAGAAUUCGAUGUGAUGGUAGAAAACUAUAUGUGGAAGGCAAUAAGGGAGAUGACCACUUUACUCGUACUUUCUACAUUCCUCAAGAUACCGACCCCAACAAAAUCAACGCUAGACUAAACAAUGGAGUUCUUACAAUAACUGGACCUAUUCCAUAA